GUAGGCUGUUGCCAUGUUCCCACUUUCAUGGGUGUGGUGAUUAGCUUGGUUGGUGAACAUUUUCUUUUAGUCUAAUGUGACCCGAGUCGCGCUCGUCCCUGAGCCACUAAAACCGUGAAAUCGAGUUAAAAUGAGCGCGGCUGCCUGCGGGCUUCGUCUCACAACUGGGACCAUGGCUGCCGUGUGAAAACAGGAGUGGUUCGAGAAGACGCACGGAGCCCGAGAGAAGCAGCCUGUUUCAGGUGUCAAUUGGUAAAAACGCGUGAGUGUGUGGGUGCGUUUGAGUGAGUGUGUGUGUGUGUGAGUGCACACGUGUAGGCACGUGUGUUUUCCCAAGCCAGUCGGUAUUUGGAGCAGUGACCUGAACACACCACAGAGGGACAAUGAGUGAGCUGGAACAGUUGCGGCAGGAAGCCGAGCAACUACGCAAUCAGAUCCGGGAUGCCAGAAAAUCUUGCAGCGACUCCACUCUGUCACAGAUCACAGCGGGUCUGGACUCAGUGGGCCGGAUACAGAUGCGGACGCGACGCACUCUCAGGGGCCACCUGGCCAAGAUCUAUGCUAUGCACUGGGGAAGCGACUCCAGGUUACUCGUCAGUGCCUCGCAGGAUGGAAAGCUUAUCAUCUGGGACAGCUACACAACAAAUAAGAUGCAUGCCAUCCCACUGCGCUCCUCCUGGGUGAUGACAUGCGCCUACGCCCCCUCCGGGAACUAUGUGGCCUGCGGAGGCUUGGACAACAUAUGCUCUAUAUAUAGCCUGAAGACCCGUGAAGGCAAUGUGCGCGUUACCCGAGAGCUGCCGGGACACACAGGUUAUUUGUCCUGCUGUCGUUUCUUGGAUGACAACCAGAUACUGACCAGCUCUGGAGACACCACCUGUGCAUUGUGGGACAUAGAGACAGGCCAGCAGGCUACCACCUUCACUGGCCACACAGGAGACGUGAUGAGUUUGUCUCUCAGUCCUGACUACAAGACCUUUGUGUCAGGAGCCUGUGAUGCCACCUCCAAGCUGUGGGACAUCCGUGAUGGCAUGUGCAGGCAGUCCUUCACCGGCCACGUGUCCGACAUCAACGCCGUCACCUUUUUCCCCAAUGGAAACGCCUUUGGCACAGGCUCAGAUGACGCCACCUGCAGGCUGUUCGACCUGCGUGCCGACCAGGAGCUGAUGAUGUACAGCCAUGACAACAUCAUCUGCGGGAUCACCUCUGUGGCUUUCUCCAAGAGCGGCCGUCUGCUCCUGGCUGGCUACGAUGACUUCAACUGCAAUGUCUGGGACACUCUGAAAGGAGAGCGUGCAGGUGUGUUGGCGGGCCACGACAACAGAGUGAGCUGUUUAGGGGUGACAGAAGACGGCAUGGCUGUAGCCACCGGCUCCUGGGACAGUUUCCUCCGGAUCUGGAACUAAAACAAACCUCCUCCCCCCCGCCACACCCAAUCACUGCCUGCCAACCUCCACCUUGCAACCCCCCCACCCACGAUAUCCCCCAACUCAUCUGCUGGGCUGGACCCGAGGGGUGCACACUGUGUCAGCCAAAAUCCUCUUCAUUCACCCCCAGUUCUCGUCUCUCCGGCCCACCAGAGAGAGAGUACUGACUCUUUCUACCUUUACAAGUGAUUUUCUUUUUUGCCCAGCUACACACACAAAAAUAAGAACCAUCCAGUAGAGUUGUCCAAUCAAAACUAAAUCAAAAGUUACAAAAAACUGAAGGAGAAAAAGUAGAAGAUUUCGUCCUUAUAGAGAGGGCGUCUGUUACAAUGACCAACAACAAAUGCGAUGACUGUCGGUGUGUAAUAUGUAAAUGUAUAUAUAAAGACAGUAUAUAUGUAUAGCAUUAUGUGUGUAUAUAUGCAUCAUAUAUGCAUAUAUAAUGUGUAUGUAUAUAUUUUUGUAGUUUAUCUCCCACCCUUGAGUUUUUUAAUAUAAUUUUGGGGGGUUUUAUGUUUUGUUUCAAAUGCACUUAUUGACAUUACCACACAUCAAAAUGCCAAAUACACUUAUUUGGGCCCAUGUGACUUUCAGACCAGUUCGACACAGCAACGGAUCAUAAUUUGACCUAAAAAGUCUCCUCUACAUUUGCUGUCAGUGAACCUAACUCAUCCAGCAACAAAACAAAAAAAGCAAAUGACAAGCAAACAACAAUUUUCAAAAACAAUAAUUUGGCUCCGCUCAACUCACUUUCCUCAUUUAUAUGUGUAUUAUGGUCACAGGCAGUGGGAUUAACUCGUGCAUCCUGCACCUCCUAAAUGUUGCUUUCAUGUGAAUGAUGACUGUGAUGGCAUUCUUUUCUUUUUUUUAUUUGUUUUUUGACAACACGACCCCAAGCAUUCCUCACCACAGACUUUUAUUUUGGAAGGAAACUGUCACACUGCUGUGGUUGUGAUUAUAGAGAUGGAGCUUAAAACCAACAAGCUCCGUUUAAGGUUUUUAGUUUGAAUUCAGCUUUAGCUCCAAACUAGAGAUCAGUGAAUUAUGGGCUAAAAUAAGAAAAUGUUAUUCUAUCGGAAGUCCUGCUUUGGCCUCGACCUGAGAGGAUUUCAAAUCAUCAGAUGCUGAAUAUCUGAAGACCACAGCCAUUCCAUGCAAUCUGCUGUGAAAGGAUCAAUAACCCAAUAAUGCUCCUAAACAUCAUGUGCAUUGUGUCUCUUGUAGCCUACUGAAUCUACACUUAUCCUAUAAUUUGGCAUGAGCAUCUCAAGUCGCCCAUACAAAUGACACUGUGGAGAGAGAUGUGUUCUCCUUGAGCAGACGCUGCUCUCUACUUGUGUAUGGACCAACAGAAACGGAGAUUGCUCAGCUGAUACGUGAGGAUAUGAAAAGACGAUAAAUGACAGCAGUGACUCUGUCGGAGGCCUCUGAGGACCAGAGAACAGAAGAAGAGUGAGAAACCUGUCAGUGCUCACCACGUCAUUUUUCUUUUCUUUCCUAAAUGAAGGAUCAAUGUGUCCUUUUUGUUGUUAACAAGGUGUGAACUGAGUGACUGCAUGGGACUGAAAUCAUGUUAGCCACUCAAAAAACACAUCAGUGCCACCACAAGCCUGUAAAAAAAAAAGAAAAACAAACAAAAAAAAUUGAAGGGUUUAACACACAGCAAUUUCUUUUUCGUCACCAAAAACAUGUUAUGAACUGUUAGAUAUUGCUAGUGAAGAAAGUACACUUGGUAGACAGACAUGUACAUUUAAUAGAGAGCUAGAGAUGCACUCACAAACUGUAGUACAAACUUAUACCAUGGAGCACGUGACUUAUUUACCCAUAGAGAUAGUAGUUCAGAUUUUUGAGUAUUUGCUCAUCAGGCAUCUUCCAUUAUUUUGGUUCUUCUAAUCUAAAGGCUUCAUUUUUUUUUUUUAUAGAUUAAAACAAAUAAUGUGCGUGAGUUGGACCUAUCCAUCAGCUGUCUCAGGUGCCUAUCUCUGAAUAUUAACAAUGGACCCACAUGCACCGGAUAAAAAAGGGGCUUGUGCUCCUUUUGGGAUGUGGCACUUAAGUGUCUCCAUCCUGCCUUACGAUACCAUUCAUAAAAGAAGGUAAUACGUGCAUCGACAACUGUAAUGUUCUCCUCUUGCUAUUCCUUUUUACACACUGAUCAACAAGAAGAUUGCUAUUUAUCUUUUUUUUCCCGAUAGAAGCACAUUCUGAUACUAGUGAACACUAAAAGCAUGCUUACGGUAAACCACAUGCAGCGCCAUACUGCUUCUUAUAGCAAGUGUUUUACAUCACUUUUUAUACAAUUCUGUUUUCUACUACUACCGUACAGUUUGUAGUAUUUAUCAGCUGUUAAUGAAACCCCCUAUUUGGCGAACCUGUAUUUUUUUUUUAAGUUGGAGCUGCUUCUACCCGGCUUUGCAUUAAAGGAAUCCAUUUGGAGAGAAUUUAAAAAGAACAGUUCUAGUUUUAAGCCUGAGAAUAUCUUCGAGGUGUGUAGGAUGAGAUAUGUAUCGCAUAUCAGUGUGGAGGUGUGUGUGUGUGUGUGUGGGGUGGGGAGGGAGGGAGGUUGGGAAGGGAAGGGGGUCGAUUUGCUGAUGUAUGUGGAUAACAUAGAUCUAAGUGUUACUUCCUCAUUUUGUGCCAAUGUUAUCCACAGACCCUGAGCUGUGAACUAGUCAAUGUGACAAAAAAGAAAAAACAGAACAUGUUUGCUCACUUUACUCAAGUGCCAGCCUUCUCCAUAUCCAACAAUUAAAAAUCACACGUCUGAUUUUCUACUGUUCCACGAUCAAAGAGUUGGACUGCUUAUAUCUGAAGAUGGCUUUUUGUACCCCGAAAUGUUAUUGAGUUGCUUCUCAGACUCCAGUUUCUAUUUCAGUCAGUGGACAUCAGAUGUUCAUGUGUUCUCAGACGAGGUGACACGAUGGCGGACUGACAGUUUGAACUUAAGGGGAUAGUUUGACGCUUUGGGAAAUUUCUCAUCAAAACUGUCUGCUUGGUGAGAUUCUGACCACUCUCGUAUAUAUCUGUGAAGAAUUAGGUACAAAGUGUUGUAAGCAUUAAAUGUUAGAAGAUUUUAAUUAUGUGAAAUUCAUUUCACUUUUGCACGACAUUGGGAAGAAAAACUCGAACCAACUUUUUGCCUCACAUUUAAAUAUUUCCCCGUCGAUUUCUCAACGUGCAGACAUCUGAAUGAUUUGAUAUAAAGAACUAAAAUUUGAUAAUUCUCAAUCAAGUCCUAAAGCAUAUUUUUUCUUUGUUGUUAAUGAACGUUUAUUUGGGAUAGACAUCGGAGAUAAUUGUAUUUAUAUAAAGUUGAACGUACACCAAAUCUAAAUGUGUCAAAUGUGUCUGUUCAUAUUUGUUCCUUCACGCCAGUUUAGCUUCACUGUUUAUUGGUAGAAAAAGCACCACAGAGUAUUGUUAUCCAAAAAUAAAUCUAAAUUUUUUCACGAACGAAAGUUAGUUAUUCUAACGAUUAGUGAAUUAGGGAGCUAGUAGGCACUUUUAAGAGCAAAAUUAGCUUAUGUACCUAGUCUUUGUGUUAAACUGAGCUAAGCUAGUCAGUAGCGUGGUUUACAGGAAAGCAUUACUCACCUCAUCAAUGCCAAAAAGCGAAUCUCCCAUUGUGUUCAACUAUUCCUCUGCAGUCUCUGUAGUUUUACUUUCAGAUUCCGUCAUUAACUGUGUGAACUUAAAAAAAAAAAUCACCAUAGCCCUUACCAGGUAAACAAGGGGAUCGUCUGCAUACGGACAGUGAUAUUCAGCCAUGUCCUCGCUGUGUGCGUGUGUGUGUGUGUGCGUGUGUGUAUUUCAGCAGUAUUAACAGCUGGAACCUGGGAUAGUAAGAUAACACUUUGUGCCUGUGCAGUUCACUCAUCUUAAGCAGUGCAGUAGACUCAUUCAUCAAAAAAAGAGGUGCUUGGCUUUGUUUAUUAUCACACGAGUGUUGUAUUGACCUGGUUCAGACCCAUCACUCCUCCACUGAUCUGGAGCUGUCUGACGUUGCAACAUGUGCCAACAUUUCAAUGCAUUUAAGGUCUGAAGCACCACAACCUGAAUCUGUGACUUGUUUUAAUCCUCGUAACUUUAAAGCGUGUCUGGCUGUAGUGUUUUAGGGGGUUUUAGCAAAUCGCCCACAGUGCCAAACGUUUAACGUGAAAGAUGAGAUGUGAAGUUGUCUUUGCUGCACAGGUUCAGGCAGUAUUUUUAAAGACUAUUUACAUAAUCCUCCGAUUUAACAGCUGAAUAUGAAAAAAAAUAUAUAGUUUUAAGUUUUACUGCAUAAAUUGUCAAUAUAGUAGGGGAAAAAAAUCUUUGGACACCUCACCACUUGAAUCGGUUGCACCACAUAACCACAGCACCAUCACCAAAACAAUGCACUGCCCUUUGACUCUACAACCCACUGUUCUGACUUUUUCUUUUUUUGAUUUUCUUUUAAUUUAUUGUUUCAUGUUUUAAGCCAGUAAAGACCAGGGACUUGGUGCCAUGAUACUUCUCUUACAGUGCUAUUGUGUGAAAUUAUAAUCACUUGUUAUGGAAUAAUUUUUAUAGUCUUUUUCACACCAGACCUUUUUUUUGUAUUUGUACAGUGGCUUGGUUAUACUGAUAUGUUGCCAUGAGUUAUUGUAACCAAUAAAAAAAAAAAGCUUUUAACCAAGAGUACAAA